GAGAGCAGCUCAAUCCAGUGUCGGAUCCACCUUCAAACAGGCGCGCUGUUUCCUCUCCAGCUCAGCUCAGUUCAGUUCUCCAGCGCAGCCGCCGGCUCACCAGCCCAAGUUUACGCACAGGGAUGCAGGCGCGUAGAGCCGCCUGAAAAUGGCUCUCUUUAGGAUUUACUCUUUUCUUGCUCCUUUUCACAUAUUUGUGUUGUGUCAAGCCUUGAGGAAUUAUCCGGAUAAUGAAGUUACUCUUCUCGACUCUAUGUCCGCCCCAGGUGAUCUGGGUUGGGAAGCGUAUCCACCAGAGGGGUGGGAGGAGAUCAGUGUUAUGGACGAGAGGAACAUUCCUAUGAGGACGUACCAGGUGUGCAAUGUAAUGGAAGCCAAUCAGAACAACUGGUUGCGCACCGGACUGAUCCAGCGAGAAGGUGCUCAACGUGUCUACGUGGAAAUCAAAUUCACUCUGCGUGACUGCAACAGUCUUCCGGGAGUCCCUGGAACUUGUAAGGAGACGUUUAACGUGUACUACCACGAAUCCAACAAUGCCGUCGCCGCACCUUUGCGCCACAUUCGAGAAAGCCAGUAUGUCAAGAUCGACACUAUAGCGGCUGACGAGAGCUUUACGCAGACGGACGUUGGGGAUCGUGUUAUGAAGUUGAAUACGGAAGUGCGAGACAUCAGUGGUCUCAGUAAGAGGGGCUUGUACCUGGCGUUUCAAGACCUGGGUGCUUGCAUUGCUCUGGUGUCGGUGAGAGUCUUUUAUAAACGCUGUCCUCUGGCGGUGCUCAAUCUGGCCCGGUUCCCAGACACGGUGACGGGUGGCGAUUCAGCGCUGGUGGAAGUGCGCGGCACUUGUGUGGAGGAUGCGGAAGAGCUCGAGGCACCUAGGAUGUUUUGCAGUGCUGAUGGAGGUUGGCUGGUGCCCAUUGGUCGCUGUGUCUGCCGGCCAGGCUUUGAGGAGGUAGAUGGACAUUGCCAACCAUGUCGGUCAGGCUUCUACAAGGCCUCUGCUAUGGAUGCAUACUGCGUGAAGUGCCCUCCACACAGCUAUUCCCAUCAGGACAAGGCCUCCGAGUGUGUGUGUGAGAGAGGCUUCUACAGGGCUGAAUCGGACCCUCGCUCUAUGGCGUGCACAAGACCACCUUCAGCACCCGGCAACCCUAUUUCCAUGGUGAACGAGACUGCAGUCACUCUCGAAUGGAGUCCUCCACGCGAAAGUGGUGGACGUGGAGACGUCAGCUAUAGUGUCCACUGCAGGAAGUGCUCUGGAGAAACAGGGGCUGCAGGAGACAGUGAGAAGUGCGUCCCCUGUGGAAGCGGUCCACAUUUCAACCCCAGGCAGUUUGGCUUGACACACCCCAGAGUUCUGGUCACAGAACUGCAGCCUCACACCAAUUACACCUUCAGCAUCGAAGCUCUGAAUGGAGUGUCAGAUCUCAGCCCCAGUCCACGUCAACUAGUGUCUGUCAACGUCACCACCAGCCAGACAGUGAGCGUCAUCUUAAAGGAAAGGAAGGGCACUGACAGUGUAACGCUGGCUUGGCAGGGUCCAGAACCUGCCGACGGGACCGUGGUGGAGUAUGAAGUCACCUAUUAUGAAAAGAACCAGCAGGAUCAGAACUACACUGUGCUCAAGACCAAAUCCAACAGUAUGACGGUGGAUGGACUCAAGCCAGGAACCACAUACAUCUUCCGGAUUCGAGCGCGUACGGAUGGAGGAUAUGGGAACUACAGGGGAGAGAUUGAGUUGGAGACAAGCCACGAAGAUAUGCUGGCGGUUGGAGAUCCCAACCAGCAAACCAUACUGGCCAUCUCUGUGGCAGGUGGUGCGGUGCUUCUGGUCUUGCUUGUGGCCUGUUUUGUUGUGAGUGGACGACGCUGUGGAUAUAUUAAAGCAAAGCAAGACCCUGAGGAGGAGAAAAUGCAGUUUCAGCAUGGACGAGUCAAACUUCCCGAAACCCGCACGUAUAUUCACCCGCAUACGUAUGAGGACCCCAACCAGGCGGUGCGAGACUUCGCCAAAGAGAUUGAGGUUUCCAACAUACGGAUUGAAAGAGUUAUUGGAGCCGGUGAGUUUGGAGAGGUUUGCAGUGGCCGUUUGAGGCUGCCCAGUAAGAGGGAGAUCCAGGUGGCCAUCAAGAGUCUGAAAGCUGGAUAUUCAGAGCAGCAGAGACGUGACUUUUUGAGCGAGGCCAGCAUCAUGGGGCAGUUCGACCAUCCCAAUAUCAUUCGACUGGAGGGAGUCGUCACCAGAUGUAAGCCUGUGAUGAUAGUGACAGAGUACAUGGAAAAUGGAUCUCUGGACACUUUUUUGAAGAAACACGACGGGCAGUUCACCAUGAUCCAGCUGGUGGGAAUGAUGCGUGGGAUAGCCGCGGGGAUGCAGUACCUCUCAGAGAUGAACUACGUGCACCGGGAUUUGGCGGCACGGAACAUUCUGGUAAACGGGAACCUGGUGUGUAAAGUGUCUGACUUCGGGCUUUCGCGCGUGUUAGAGGACGAUCCCGAGGCGGCGUACACUACACGGGGGGGUAAGAUUCCUAUUCGGUGGACAGCCCCUGAAGCCAUCACCUACAGGAAGUUCACAUCAGCCAGUGAUGUGUGGAGUUAUGGCAUUGUCAUGUGGGAGGUGAUAUCCUAUGGGGAGCGACCGUACUGGGAAAUGUCCAAUCAGGACGUAAUAAAAGCUAUAGAUGAAGGCUACAGGCUACCGGCUCCAAUGGACUGUCCUGUGGUGCUUCACCAGCUCAUGUUAGACUGCUGGGAAAAGAACCGCAGCGAUCGGCCCAAAUUCGGGCAGAUUGUCAACACCCUGGACAGGCUGAUCCGGAACCCAAGCAGCCUGAAGCAGCUGGCCAACACUGCAGUCUGGGAGGACCCAGUGACUCCUGAGGCAGGGGUCAGCACGGUGGAAGACUGGCUGGAUUUGAUUAAAAUGGGUCAGUACAAGGAGCACUUCUCCAGCGCUGGCUACGUCACCCUGGACUCAGUUCUGUACGUCAGCGCUAGUGAACUGGAUAAGAUGGGUGUAGCACUGGCAGGCCAUCAGAAAAAGAUCUUGUCCAGUAUCCAGUGUCUUCAGGCACAACAUGGGACUCAGGUUCAGCACUGAAGUUCAUCAGCCCUACAGGAGAACGGGCCGGUACCUUCCCCUUUGUGAUCAGCAUCCAGAAAGGCAGUAGAUUGCUGCGGAUGUCUAAAAAAUGGAUAUCUAGUGAAGUAAGGACAAGAAUCAACACCAUGUGACAUCACAGCACUGUGAACAUCACGCUUCACUCCUCAUUGUACAGAAGAAAGACCUUGAGAAGAAACACCGAUUGUGUCUUGUGAAUCUUUUAACUGUUACUGCGAGCGAUGCUAGUGUGACUUUCUUCAGUAAGACGUUAAUGUGAACUGCAAGGCCAGCGAGACGUUCUUGUAUGUGGAAAUAGUUUAGAAACAUAUUCAAGCUCGCCUUUAGAAAGCAAUGAAGCACUGAUUUCUCUUUCACACAUACGCACACAUAGAAGGGCCGCUCCUUGACCCCCGAAUGCCACUCCGGCCUGCUCCCGUCAAGCCCUCGGCAGCGUCUUCGGAAUAUGUCAAUUCCACCGUGGAGAUCCUAGAGUUCGGAGAGCCCACGCUUGUCACUUCUGACAAGUUCUGACGUGCAGCAACAGAGAAACGAGAGACGUUUAAGGAAUGAAAAGUAAAUGUUUCUUCGCAAACAGAGACUGGACAGCGUGACGAUGUCAUGAAGAGGGCAGAUGUCGACUUUCCUUCACACUGGCAGCAACUUUCGACGUGGAGCCGCUUCAUUUGAUGUGGCUUUUCUUCGCGUAUUUCGCCUCAUUACGUGCGUCUUUUUGGAAGGAGGAAGGAUAUGUGUUGAGCAUUUUAUGAGGGAGACUUUAUUCCUAAAUAAUCCUGGUGUUGAUGGAGCUGCACUCGGUGGACUGUUGAACCUGUGUUUGUGUUGGACCCUGUUUAGUGUAGAGGUCUGAUGGUUACCAAGUGCUUGGGAUCUUCAGAAUAUGAUAAAAUGGAGGAGCUUAAACAUUUUAGCAUACAAUUUCCAUGCCAAUUCAUGCACCACGUUCACAAUCCCGUGUAAAAAGGUGUCCGCAACAGAUGCUGGUGCUUUAAAAAUAGCCUCAUCCUCCGUUUUCUGCUUUUCGCCCUCAUGUUUCUUGGCAGUGCUUUGUUCUGCGCUUGGAAAUGUGUGAUUGAAGAAGAAACGAUUGUAUUGCAGUAGAAAUUGAGACGUUGUACAGUGUUGGUUAUUGUAUUUGUACAGUAAUGACUUAGUGUUUUGAAGGUUUUCGUCAGUUGUAAAUUAAGGCAAGGUGGUAACUCUUAUUUUAACCUUCAACUCUAGCUUUUGGACAGAUGAGGAUUGUGUGGCUGUAGAAUGUAAUGGAUAAUUUAGCUUUAAGGUGUUGGGGAAAGCUAAGCAUUCUCAGGAUUGUUGUUUGUCACUGAUACACGGUUUCAAGAUGGCAGCAGAUCAGACAGAACUGCCAAUUCAGUUCUGUCAUCUAUGGAUUACACUUCCUGUUCGAUGCCUUUUGGUAUCAUUGUUCUUAUUUAUGUUUUGUCGUCAUUCAGUCAUUCAUUUAUACAGUGCAAAAACACUUUCUUUCUAUGUUUUUGUCUUGUUUUCCAGUAAAAAAAAAUAUCUAGACAUCAGUAUUACUGAAGCUUUUAAGAUAUGUUUUCCUUAAAAUGACUUAUUUUUCUGUUCUGCUUCUAAACAUUAAGUGAUUUUUGUGAAAAAGUUGAAAAAAUUAAAAUAUUCUCUGAAACACAUCUUUCACAAUUUACACUACUGGUCAAAAGUGUAAGAUCAGCAAAGUCUUUUUUGUAAGAAAUUAAUACUUUUAUUCAGCAAGGAUGUAUUAAAUUAAUCAAAAGUGGCCACAAAGACACUGCAAAAUGCAGUUCUUUUGACAUUUUUAUUCAAGGAAGAAGUCAUUGUUUCCAUAAAAAUAUUAAGCAGCACAGCUGUUUUCUAUGGAAGCCGUUUCCGCCACUUAAUAAAAAAAAAAAAAAAAAAAAAAAAAAGGUUAUUGUGACUUUUUAUCUUACGAUUCUGACUUGUUUUAUCAGAAUUGAGAUAUGAACUCCCAAUUUUUACUUUUUUCUCAGAACUGCGUGAUAUAAACUCCCAAUUUUGACUUUUUUCUUAGAACAGUGUGAAAUAAACUCGGUCAGAAUUUUUUUUUUUUUUUUUUUUUCUCACAAUUACUUAGUUUAUAUCUUGUAAAUCUGACUUUUUUCUCUUAAAAUUAGAUAUAAACUCCCAGUUUUUACUUUUUUUUUUUUUUUAGAACUGUGUGAUAUAAACUCUCAGUUGCGAGUUAUAAAGUCAGAAUUGUUUUUUUCCUCGCAAUUACUUUUUCUUGCAAAUACUAGUUUAUGUCUCACAAUUCUGAAUUUUCCCCCAAUUUAGACUUUUUUUUCUCAGAAUUGUGAGCUAUAAACUCAAUUUUGCCUUUUUUUUUUUUUUUUCUGCGUGAUAUAAACUCACAACUGCGAGUUAUAAAGUCAGAAUUACAUUUUUUUUCUCUCACAAUUGCUUAGUUUAUAUCUCAUAAUUCUGACUUGUUUCUCAUAAUUGUAAGAUAUAAACUCCCAGUUUUUACUUUUUUUUUAGAACUGUGAUAUAAACUGACAAUUGCGAGUUACAAAGUCAGAAUUGAAUUUUUUUCCUCUGUUACUUUUUUCUUGUAAAUACUAGUUUAUAUCGCAAUUCUGAAUUUUCCCACAAUUUAGACUUUUUUUCUCAGAAUUGUGAACUAUAAACUCCCAAUUUUGACUUUUUUUCUCGCAAAUGCUAGUUUAUAUCUCGCAAUUCUGAGAAAAGUCAGAAUUGUAAGAUACAAACUUCCAAUUUUGACUUUUUUUUUUAACUGCGUGAUAUAAACUCACAAUUGCGAGUUAUAAAGUCAGAAUUAAAUUUUUUUUCUCUUACAGUUACUUAGUUUAUAUCUCGUAAUUCUAACUUUUUUCUCAUAAUUGUGAGAUACAAACUCCCAGUUUUUACUUUUUUUUAGAACUGUGUGAUAUAAACUCACAAUUGUGAGUUACAAAGUCAGAAUUGAAUUUUUUCCCCUCAGUUACUUUUUUCUCGCAAAUACUAGUUUAUAUCGCAAUUCUGAAUUUUCCCAUAAUUUAGACUUUUUUUCUCAGUAUUGUGAGAUAUAAACUUGCAACUCUGACAUUUGUCUUGCAAAUGCUAGUUUAUAUCUUGCAAUUCUAUAUAAUAUAUAUAAACUUUUUUAUUCUCUAAAAAUAGAACUUUAUAACUUGCAAUUGUGAGUUUAUAUUUAGCUAUUCUGACUUCGUAACUGCAAGUUUAUAUCACGCAAUUCUGAGAAAGAAAAGUCAGAAUUGCGAGAAUUUCUUGUGAUUGUAAGGAAAAAAAACUCGAAUUGUGAGAUAAAAAGUCACAAUUAUGUUUUUAAUAUUUUAUUCAGUGGCGUAAUGGGGUUCCAUAGUUUUCAGCAUCAGUAAUAAAAAGAAAUGUUUUUUUUUUUUAAAAAAUCAGCAUAUUAGAAUGAUUUCUGAAGGACCAUGUAACACUUAAGACUGGAAUAUUGAUGCUGAAAAUUCAGCUUUGCCAUCACAGGAAUAAAUUACAGAUUUAAAUAUAUGCAAAUAGAAAUGGUUAUAAUAAAUUCUAAAUAAUAUUUCACAACAUUGCUGUUUUGACUGUAUUUUUGAUCCAAUAUAUGUAGCCAAGGUGAGACUUUUUCAAAAGCAUAAAAAAUAUGAUCGACCUCAAACUUUUGAACAAUAGUGUCUUAUCUUUAUUUAUUUAUCUUGCUUUAAAGAUGUUCAUAAAAACAUUUUAUUGGAAAACAAGACAAAACUGAGCAGGUAUUUUAUUUGCAAACCAUUAAGGUGAAACAGUAUUGAUUUAAUAAGCACAACUCUGAUAAGGAAAAUGCAAAAUAAAAUUCAAAGAUCAAACAUAGUUUUUUUUUACAUUAUUUAUAAUGUUGCCAGACAUUUUCUAAAUGAUGCAGAAGAAACAAAAACAGUGUUAUUCUCUCAUUCUGUGACCUCUUGUGGGAAAGUGUUCCUUUGGCUCAUUGAGUAAAAUUUAAUUGAAACGCUAAUGAACAAUGUUUAUUUCUUCCGAAUAUUUAUUGAUGAAAGUCAAGGUUAUAAUUGUAAUAAUGGGCACAUCUGCUCUGUCCUUUUAGUAAUUCUUAAUUAGGAGCUAUUCCUAAUUGUCAAAUUACUGAAACAUAUGUGCCUAUUCCGAUUUGUAAUUUCCCAUGCGGCAACAAUAAAAGCGAAUAAUUUAAUGAGGCGUUGCAAAAAGCAUCUUCCAACCCAAAACAAUAAACUUUGAAUUCUUGGAGUUGUCAUGUUUCAUAAUUUUAGCUUAUAGCCCACAAACAUGCACACAAACUCUCACAGUUCAAUGCAGUAAACACUGUCUCGAAGCAUUCCUUUUGAUUUUCAGAAAUAAUAAAUGCAGUUGUUUGUGUUUCAUUUUGUGAAGUACUGUUAUUAUACACAGUCAUGUCAUGCAUACUUUGGUCUGGCAGUUUACACAGUCCACACUACCUGUUACUGGGUUACCUGCACAUUGCAUCAGGACCUGGGUUAGACAUUUUUAGCCAAGAUAGUGAACACGCAACUUAAACUUUGAUUGCCAGGUUUGAAUAUCAGCCAGGAUUAGCAGUGAGACGGGAGAAUACAUAUAUGUCACUCAGCGGUUGAGACGUCUAGCGCUGUUUGAAAAAUAUCAAUGAUGUGUCUGGAAGUUACCUGAAUUAAACUGUAGGAGGCCACUCUCUUGUGGCCAAGGGAUUCAGUAUUACAAAAUCGUUGAAUGGUUUCACAUUCGGCCUCUGUAACCAAUCAGGACUGUUGUUUUGUUGUACGGGUAACCGCACCGUGCAUUACAUAAUUAAAUCAAAUGUGGUGUACUUGCGUUGAAGUGUACAAAUGUGAUGCACUUUGCCACCCACUUCUAAACUGGAGUACUUCAGCCCUGAGUGUAAAAAGCUUCUCUGGCUUGUGCGAGGUCAGUAAUGGAUACAUGAUCGGAUAACUCUAUGAAGGGUCACUGAGUCAUUGACUUUAGCAAACCAGGUCCUCAGUCAGUACCUGAAGAUGUUACCUCUAAUUUUUUUUUUUUUUUGUGUACCUUUUGUUUUCGAUUUUCAACAUUGUGAUCAUUUGUGUACCGGUUUGGUUAUUAUUUCAUAAAGCUCUUGUUGAAUUGUAUGCAUUUUAAACAUUGUGUCCAAUAAAUAUGUUAAUAUUUUUA